CGUUCGUAAAAAAAAUAAGAUAUGUAACACAUUAGGCAAAAUAAAGAAAAAGACCUUGGUGACCCAAACCACCACCCCUUUUCAAAGGGGCUCUCAUAGCAUUCAUCCAUCCAUCCAUCAAUCCAUACAUCCAUCAGGAGUGCUGGCAUGUCGUGGCAGCGGACCCGAUGGAAGUAUUUGGCAGCUACCCGGGCGCAGAAAAGGCUGCGAAGCGAUUGCUUUCAGGCAACAGGCGACCUCUGGUAGUGUUAUCACUGUCUGAUUACAUAGUAUUCAUGCAGGGCUAACUUUGUUCUUUGCUGCGCAUGCUACAGGAUGAAUAGUAGAUCUGCCAACCUGUCGUUCUUAAGCGAUAACAAAAUAUGAAAACAAAAAAAGCGCGUUGAACAUCCAGAUAAAAUAUCAAGAUCCACUGCGAAAUGCCCCGUUCCGAUACCUAUCUCUCACUUUCUUCUUUUUUUUUUUUGAUUGAGUACACCACAGCGAUGGCUGGCACGUGCCAACAACGCCCAUAGUAGGAAUAUCAUGGUACGUCGCGGACGCCAUUUCUAUAAGCUGAUCAAUUCUUUGAAAAUCAUAAACCGAAGGCAGCAGUCACUUGAGAAAGCGCAACGCGCAUGUCCGUUGCAUUCUUGCCUCAAAAAGGGGCGGAAAUGCAAUAAAUACUUGGAACGAGAGCUAAACAUGUUAAUUAUGUACGUGGCACCGCAACUGCUUAGCCAUGUACGUAGAGCUGCUGCUUAAGGGAAUACUCUUCUUCGUGAACUUGCUGUACUGGUUCUUCGGGGGCACGACCGUGCUAAUGGGCGUCUACCUCUUCAUGGUGAAGGUGCGCAUCCUGCACCGCUACGUCGAUCUCGCCUUCGAUCCGGCCGUGUUCUUCAUCGUCGUCGGCUGCCUCGUCUUCGUCAUAGCCGGACUCGGCUGCGUCGGAGCACUGCGCGAGAACACGCGCUUCCUCUGUCUGUACGGUUUUUGCCUGUCUGGUAUCGUGGUCGUAGCCUUCUUCGUGGCCGUUCUGACCAUUGUGUGGCCCACACUGGGCCCGUCCAACAGCUCGCGGCGUCUCGAGAACGUUCUGCGGCGUGCAAUAAUCAUCUACAGGGACGACCCGGACAUGGAAGACCUCAUCAACACGCUCCAGUCGUCCCUGCGCUGCUGUGGCAUCACCUCCCGGGGCUACCUAGACUGGCAGCACAACGCCUACUUCAACUGCUCCCAGUGGAACCCGAGCCGCGAGCGCUGUGGCGUGCCCUAUUCCUGCUGCAGGGACCGGGGCAGCUUGCCCAACGUGAUGUGUGGCUACGGUGUUACGGACACGGCAAAGAGGUCAUCUGCCUCGAUCGAGCGUGCGAUAUACACGCAGGGAUGCUUGCAGGCGUUGGCCUCCUUGGUGAGGGAAAACUCCGUGUUGGUCAGCGUGGUGUCGGCGGUAACCGUGGGGUCGCUCGCUUUGGGCAUCGCCGGCGCAUGGCUCCUCGUGAAAUCUAUUGCUGAGGUGAGACGAGUCGUUAUGCUCCAGAGCAUAGCUACGCCGCAUGCACGAACAUCCUGCCUGUAGUCGAUAGUGUAAUCGAGCUGAUAGGCAGCCCAAUGCGCGACUCGCAUACUUGUCAUUUUAACAUAAUGAACUUAUUUCAACGCUUUUAACUCCUUUUAUGUUUGCAACUUUAUGCCGUAUACAUUCUUGUCAGCUUUUUUUAACUUGGUCUGCACAGACUAAUGUUUUAAUGCACGCGCAAUAAAAACUGGCUUUCAUUGUC